CUGCUGCAAACCUCAUCUCUCUAAUCUCUCCUCUAGUUUGUUAACACGGUUUGUCAUACUCCUCUUCUCACCCUCCCUGCUCUAUCUUUAGCACUGUACCACACAGACAGCGGCUUAACAUCGCCUAGCUCAGACAGACAAACACUCCUCUUGAGUUGACACUUUCUUAUCUGUAUUCGGACCGGUUUGCCUCUGUCAAUACGACCUAAACAAAUGGGGGAAUGACACCCCGAAGCUUUUAUCUGCUGUCCUGGACUUGAGAAGCACAGUGAAGGAUGUUGUUUUCCCCGAGCAGGAGCGCAAGGCGAUCCCGGGCCUCUCUCCUCCUGCCCGGGGUCUUGAUCAGCAUAAUCCUCGCUGCGGCCAGUGCGAGUGUUCCAGCACACAAGUGUCCAGACCACAUAGACUGUGCUCGAAUGGGGCGCCUCUUCUGCAAGCCUGGCUCCUCCCACUGUGGCCCUUGCCUCUCCCCAUUGGAGGAAGAUGAAGUGGGACAUUGUGUUGCUCACAGGAGACACCACCCCCAACACUACCUCCAUGGUAAAGAGUUGUCUCUUCCUGACGUUGAUGAAGAAAUCGACUAUCUGUCCUCUGUUAUUGCCAAGCAGCAAAUGUCAGAUGUCAAGCAGCCAGGUUCUCCCUCACAGUCUUCUUCGCAAACGUCAGAAUCAAGGCAGAAGAGUAUGUCUCACACCACGACUUUAAAACCAACAACCAGUGGCCCUUCAACACCAACACAUCAGAACCCCAAACUACACACAGACUCAUCCAACCGUCGUGGGCCGAUUGUUAACUCCCACCCCUCCAGAGACAGCCUGCUAGUCUUGAUGAUAUCUUUAUGCGUUAUAAUGGGAACCAUAGCUAUCAUCCUCGUUGCUGUCUGCUGGGUCAGGUUACAGAGAGAAACUAAUUUGGCUCAGAAGGUCGAUUACCCUACGUCUCAUGCAGCGGGUCCCAAUAAUAGCCAUACCUCUUCUGGGGAUAAAACACUAGCUCACAGUGCUCAGAUGUAUCACUAUCAGCAUAAGAAACAUCAGAUGCUUUCAAUGGAGAAGAAAAAUGCCGAACCUAAAGUCUCAGAGUCUGGGGCCACAUCAGACGAAGAGACUGAAGAGGGUGAUUUCACUGUGUAUGAGUGCCCUGGCUUGGCACCGACUGGAGAGAUGGAGGUGAAAAACCCACUGUUUGAUGACUCUAACUUGCACUCCCAGAGGAAACACAAGUGACCUGGACACACACCUGCAUCCUUUUAGAAUAGGCCUAACAGACCUAAAAGCAUUCAUCGAUAGGUUGAAACUCAACCUAUUGCACCACACAUAUACUAUGUAAAAAAACAUGUAUGACUGUUCUUCCGGGAACGUAUUAGUUGACACCCUUCGUUCAGACAGCCCCUCAGAACAAACUGAAAGCAUAUAAUACAUUUAGAUUAUAAAGAAUUGAUGAUAUACAUUAUAGCAAUAUGCCGCCCCAGGCGUUUGCCCAUGUCGCCCAUUCCUAAAUCUUCCACUGUUAACAAUACACAGUGGUCUCUCACACAUUUACUUAUCUGCCCAUAUCUGUAUACUAUUUUCAUACUGUCUUUGUUAAUGCUGGUCUUUAAGAAUAUACGUUUUAGGAGAUGAAUAAUCGUUCAGUUUAAUUUCCUGUUUGUCACUUUGGUUCUGUACAUUUCCUCUCAGUUGCCCUUCAAUGAAAUAUGAAAUCUAUUUCUCCCCUUCUCCAUAUGAUCUUUAAUUGUAUUUCUUCUUGUGCCCCAGUAAAUAUUCCAUUUUAUCAUAUCAUGGUUAUGUCAGGGAAUGUAAUAGUACAUAGAUUGAAAUAGAAACAUCAAGGCUCCUGUGCUCAAGUUCCUUUAGUGUAUGUACAGUAAAUAAACAAACUUAAACUGUAUUACAUAGUAUUUCUUUUAUAUUUGUGGGCUACAAACUGGGCUUUUUUGUGGUGUGGCGAUAAUGCCAUUAUUGCACAUUAGCUAUAAGACAAUCAGACUCAAUACCAUGAUAAAUGUACUUGUAAAUGAUUUUAAUAUUCUAUUGAUUUGUAGUAAAACACUAUACAGUAGACUACAGAUAUUUAAAAGUACUUAAAGGGAUGUUCCGGGUUCAACACAAUUUAAGCUCAAUCGACAGCAUUUGUUGCAUAAUGCUGAUUACCACACACAUUUGUUUUGACCCGUUCCUCUUUUUUUUCUUUAAAAAAAAAAAAAAGCACAAAU